UAGUCCAUAUAUAUAAGAUGUAUGAUUUUCACAUCGAUGUAUAAGCUCUCUUGGCUUCGAAGAUUCAUUCGCGGAGGUAUCGCUGUUGCUGUGUAUUAUCACGGUAAUUUCGGCCGUGACAAAAUUACGUGUCGGUUUUGUAAACGUACGAAUUUCGAUUUUUAAUAACGAGAUGACAUAAGCAGACCGUGCUACCAUGGAACAACCGCCGUAAUAUGAGCCGAUCUUCGCUGUCACCGUUAAGCGCUCCUUGUCAUUCAACCUAUGCUUGCGUUUAUCCGUAUUCCUGGCAUUUCAUCGUUGCAGUAAUAUAGUGACCAGUGGUGUUUGUGAAAAUGAUACUCCGCAUCGCGAAGCAACGUCAUUAGUGCGUGUCGUCUUACAGCGUCUAUUUUAUAGAUUUUAGUGUGAAAGAACAGACUGUGAGGAAGAGAAAAGAGAGGCGAGGGAGUGAGAGGGAGACUGAUAUUUUGAAGAUAUAAACCGACGUGCACGUUUAUUCUGUAUCUAACCAUUUAGAAAACAUAAAAAAUGGAGAGUUCAGAAGAACCAACCAGUUUGCAAUCUAUAUGUCAUCUGCAUGCUUCAGAACUGUUUCCUAAACAUACACACUUUGAAUGUGAGGAUGAGACAUUGACAAUCCCAUUUACACUACUGAGUGGAGAGUCAGUUGUGGCAUUGGGACGAACAACUGAUGGUGUUUUGGCUUUUUCAAAUUAUAGAUUGUAUCUACAAUUAAGUCAAGCUUGUUACAAUAUACCUCUGGGUCUUAUUGAACAAUUGGAAGUGAAAGAAAUAUUCUAUCUACACAUUGGAUGCAAAGAUGCACGGUCUUUAAGUUGUGCGUUUACUACAAACGAGCACUGUUUGGAAUGGUUUAAACGAUUGCACAAAGUGACCUAUCCGCGAAAAAGUAUAGAAGAUAUAUUUGCCUUUGCAUAUUAUGCAUGGUCUAUAGAAGAAGGCAAAGAUUAUCCUAGGCUUGGAAAAGAUAAUAGUUCUUAUAUUACCACUUUUAAUUCAGAGGUCGAGCGAUUGAAAUUUAAUUUGCAUGGUACAUGGCGCCUAAGUCAAAUAAAUAAAGAUUAUCGGAUGUGUCCAUCUUAUCCGCCUCAGCUUUUGGUUCCUGCUUGUAUUUCCGAUGAAACCCUCGAAUUUGUUGCUAAAUUUCGAAGUUCCAGACGAAUUCCAGCUGUUGUGUGGAGACACGUGAAUAACGGCGCCGUAAUAGCUCGCAGUAGUCAACCAGAAGUUGGUUGGCUUGGUUGGAGAAGUUCCGAGGACGAAGAUCUUUUGAAAGCUCUUGCGGAUGCAUGUAGCUAUGAUAAAGGUGAAUCUACAAUGGUAGAUUCGCCUAUUACAUAUUCUGACACUGGUAACGAUACUCCGAGUGCUGCCAAAAAAGUUUUAAUUGUCGAUGCCAGAUCGUAUACAACCGCUGUAGCUAAUCGAGCACGUGGUGGUGGUUGCGAAUGCCCGGAAUAUUAUCCGAGCUGCGACAUACAAUUUAUGAAUCUGCCGAAUAUCCAUUCAAUACGAAAGAGUUUUCAUGCUGUACGACAACUUUGCGCAUCAGACGCAGAUCAACCAAAUUGGUUAAGUUUAUUGGAAGGAACGCGAUGGCUGCAGCAUAUGUCGGGUUUAUUGCGGGCGGCAGUCACUGUAGCAUCUGCGAUUGAAAGAGAUGGUCGUCCAGUAUUAGUACACUGUAGCGACGGUUGGGAUAGAACUCCUCAAAUUGUCGCAUUAGCUCAGAUACUACUUGAUCCAUACUAUCGUACUAUGGAGGGAUUUCAAGUUUUGGUUGAGAGAGAAUGGUUAGAUUUUGGACAUAAGUUCGCCGAUCGAUGUGGUCAAACAAUCGGUUGCGACGAUCCUAAUGAACGUUGUCCAGUAUUUCUUCAGUGGCUUGACUGUGUCCACCAAUUAAUCUUGCAAUUUCAAUGUAGUUUUCAAAUGUCGUCAGCAUAUCUAGUAAAAUUGGCGCAGCAUACGUACUCGCAAUUGUUCGGUACAUUCCUAUGUAAUACCAGACAGGAGAGGCUGCAGUUAAGAAUACGGGAACGUACGUUCUCAGUUUGGCGUUUUCUCAAUUCGACUGCGUUUGUGAAUCAUUUGUACUCACCGUUAAAAAAUCAAGUACUAUGGCCGAGUUGCAACGUACGCGAUCUUGUUUUGUGGUCAGAAGUAUAUCUAGGUUCUAUGGAAUCAUCGCUUGGUAUGAGAGACGAUAAACAAAGGAUGACGGUGAUAGAUAUCGAAGGUGGUGAAAAUGAAGAACCACAAGGACAAAUGACAAAAACGAGAUCAUAUGGUGAUCUUAUGCAUGCUCCUGAUCAUGCUGCUUACUUGCAUCGAAGACGUAGCGAUCCGAGUAUUUCUAUUGAAAAGAAAUUUGAUUCUUUAGCACUUGAGACUGAAACAGAUCAAAUGAGCUUGAAAAAUGUGAAUGAUAUCAAGAACCAAACUGUGAAUGAAACCUUAUCAGAGACUGAAAACAGGACAAAACGAGGUACCAUUAAUCAAACAUCUAAUGAUUCGCCCGCCAAUCCUUCGGUAGAUAGUUCCACUGAUACUUUGAUACCAAACAACGAUUCUGUUGUUCCAGUAGUAAAUAGAGAGAAAGAAGCACCACAAACAAGUUCACGGGAUAUUGUUUCACCGUGGAUUGAGACCGGCACUACUACUGGGCGAAUUGUUUGUUCUUCGUGUAAUCGUAAUCAUAACGAGGGUAGUGAUGUAAGUGAUACUAGCGCUCCAUUAAUUUCAAGAACUCCUAGUAGCAUAUGUCCAGCUUCUCCAACCCAUCAAGAUGUUAUAUUGGAUAAUCCUGACUGGCUGGAUGAUGUUGACGGUCUUCCUGUCAUAUGUUGUGACAUUCAAAUGCGAAUACAACAAAUUAUCGUGGAACAUAAGCUCAAGGAAGAAGCCUUGAGAAAGGAAUUACACACGACAAGAUUAGCACUAAUCAAGCAAGUUUGCAAUCACAAUGUGGAUACUGAUCGUAUUGAUGAUAUUGGCUCAUUACCUGACUCAGUGGGUAGCGCUGGUGAACAUGGAGAAUCAUUACCAUCCGAUAUGUCUUGGGAAGCUGUAGAGGAACUAGGUCCUGCACCUACACUAUGGGUACCUGAUCACGCCGUAACUCGAUGUAUGGGAUGUAAUACGGAGUUUUGGCUCGGUAGGCGUAAACAUCAUUGCAGAUGCUGUGGCAAGAUUUUUUGCGCCGAUUGCUCUGAGAACUCCACCCCUUUGCCUAGCGAGCAACUUUAUAAUCCCGUAAGAGUAUGUAGCGACUGUUAUGCGCGGCUGCAUCACCAUCAUACAAACUCUUGCCUGUGCAACGCUCGUCAUCAGAAUAUCAAAACAGAGAACGAGAUAGAACGAGACUCUUUCGAAACAACAUCUUUGCAGCAAUCGAUAAUAUGUCAAAGGUCGAGAAAACUGACACUCGCUACAACGAAGGAUACCUGUUGUGAUAAUUUAUUGCAGGCAACACAUCAGAAAACACAACCGUCUGUUGCGGCAGCCACAGCAAACUAAAGGAAAGAAUUUGUGAGAAACGUCGAACGAAAAAAAAAAAUAAUACGAGAAAAAUGAUUAAUUAAAACGACAUAUUUGUCAUAUACAUAAUUUGUAUCGCAUCUGACAUAUGGAUUAACGUGUCUAAGUUAUCCUAAGCGAUCUAUUUAUUACUAGAUUAAUAAUUUGUACAAGUGUAUAGCUGAUAUGGAGAAGAGAUGAUAGUCAGUAUACGAUAAUGUAUAUACCCUAAGAAUGAUUUGAAACUAACGAUUCGCGGAGACACCAAGAUUUUUAUUUCUCUUCUGAGAAAUAGAAGAGAAUCCUCCGAGUUUAUCCAAAUAUUCCCACGCGCUUAAUAUGAGGAGAAGAUGAGUGGCAAAGUCUCGGAUAGGCUGUGAUCGACAUCUAACUUUGUAGACGACUAUAUUAUGAAGCAAAGUGCUAUUUACUUGUCAAUUGAUCACAUGGACAGCAUUGUUUGUUAAUUAGUAAUCGAGCAAAGUGAAUGAAAUCGUAUUUCUUAUAUUGCCGUCAAUGUAUGAGAAUUGGGAUAUUAAAUGUCAUUAUCUCAUCGCAUACGUCUGGUAUCGAAUCCAUACAUAUCGAGGACUUGUAUUUUAUCCUAUAGAUCCCUUCUGUUAUUAUUAGAUAUUCUAUAUAAAAAGAUGUUUAUCAUUAUGUUAAUCUCCUGUAAAUGUUAUAUUUAAUUAAGGAAUUGGUUUGCAGGA